AGCGGCGGCGGGAAGAUGAGGUUUCGGGAGCCGCUCCUGGGCGGCAGCGCCGCGAUGCCGGGCGCGUCCCUGCAGCGGGCCUGCCGCCUGCUCGUGGCCGUCUGCGCGCUGCAUCUUGGCGCCACCCUCGUCUACUACUUGGCCGGCCGCGACUUGAGCCGCCUGCCUCAGCUGGUCGGGGUCCCCACGCCGCUGCAGGGCGGCUCCAACGGCGCCGCCGCCAUCGAGCAGCCCUCCGGGGAGCUCCGGCCCCGAGGGGCCCCGCCGCUGCCGCCUCUGGACGCUUCCUCCGAGCUGCGCUCGGGUCGCGACUCCAGCCCAGGCGAGGACUCCGGCCCCCGCCCCGGCUCGGCGAGCAACUUGACGUCGGCCCCGGUGCCGGCCACCACGGCGCCGCCGCUGCCCGCGUGCCCUGAGGAGUCCCCACUGCUCGUCGGCCCUAUGGUGAUCGAGUUUAACAUGCCUGUGGACCUGAAGCUUGUGGAGAAACAGAAUCCAGAGGUGAAGGUGGGCGGCCGCUAUACCCCCAAGAACUGCAUCUCUCCCCACAAGGUGGCCAUCAUUAUACCAUUCCGUAACCGGCAGGAACAUCUCAAGUACUGGCUGUAUUACUUGCACCCAAUCCUACAGCGUCAGCAGUUAGACUACGGCAUCUAUGUUAUCAACCAGGCUGGAGAAACCAUGUUCAAUCGUGCUAAGCUCCUCAAUAUUGGCUUUCAAGAGGCCUUGAAGGACUAUGACUACAACUGCUUUGUGUUCAGUGACGUGGACCUCAUUCCAAUGAACGACCAUAAUGCCUACAGGUGUUUUUCACAGCCACGGCACAUUUCUGUAGCAAUGGAUAAGUUUGGAUUUAGCCUACCUUAUGUUCAGUACUUUGGAGGUGUCUCUGCUCUCAGUAAAGAACAGUUUCUCACCAUCAAUGGAUUUCCUAAUAAUUAUUGGGGCUGGGGAGGUGAAGAUGAUGACAUUUAUAACAGAUUAGUUUUUAAAGGUAUGUCUGUAUCUCGCCCGAAUGCUAUGGUUGGCAAGUGUCGGAUGAUCCGCCACUCAAGAGACAAGAAAAAUGAACCCAAUCCUCAGAGGUUUGACCGAAUUGCACAUACCAAGGAGACAAUGCUCUCUGAUGGUUUGAACACUCUCACUUACAAGGUCUUGGACAAAGAGCGAAACCCAUUGUAUACCAAAAUCACAGUGGACAUCGGGACACCGAGCUAGCAUUUUGGUACACUAGUAAGAGACCUGAAAAUGGCCAGGGACCUUUGCUGUGCGUCUCUGCCAAUCUGCUGGGCUGGUCCCUUUCAUUCUUAACAAUCAGAGUGAUAGGCCUCCUUCAUUCAUCAUUCUGAUGCCUUCCCAGAUGACCAGGACAAGUGGGAUAUUUUGCCCCAAACUUGGCUCAGCAUGUGACUUCUUAACUCUACAAGGUGUUUGUAAAUGUAGAAACCAUCAGCCUUUGGGGGACUCUCGGCAUGUUCACAGUGUCACCCCAAAGAAUCAGUACACAGCCCCAACUUUGAUGACUUUGGGACUCAUUCCCAGUGACAAACUGCUAAUUAGUUGUGAAAUAGGUAAGAAUUUCGCUUUAAAUUGUGGUAUUCUUAUUACUUUAUGAAAGAAUGGAGAGUGCUGCUGAAAUUGAAUUGGUGUGAUGUUUUUUGUUUGCAUAUUUUAACAGAAAAAUACUAUCUCAACUAUUCUCAUUUUACCCCUCCCCCACCUUCUUUUAGUGGUAUGCAAUUACUGUAAUCACUGUGUGUGUGUGUGUGUGUGUGUGUGUCUUUUCUUAGCAAAAGGAUUUUAAAACUUGAGCCUUGGACCUUUUGCCCUGCUUAUGUGUGAAUUCCAAGGCAACAUUAGUCAUCAGAGCAAAAGCCUUGGGUGUUCUCACAUUCAGUGGCCUUUCUCCAGAUUGUCUGAUUUCUGAAUGUAAAGACUUUUUUAAAAAGCAGUUUGUAGUAUUUUAAAGAAAGAACAAAUCGGGUUCUAAUUAUGAUUUAGCUUGAUUCUGUGUUGAUCCAGAUUUGCAUAGCUAUUUAGUGUUAAAUCAUGGCAAUUUAUUUUUCUGAGCAUGCUAUAUAAACUUGAAUUUCCUAUGUAUUUUUAUUGUGGUGUUUUAAAUGUAGGGAGGGACUGAGCAUUUUUAGGGGGAAAAAUAUUGUAUGCUGUACUGGCCAUGAGCAGACCUCUGAUUUAGUUGGCAGGCCAGAUUUUGUGAAGAACAAAAUCACCUUUGGGCCCUUUGAGGGCAAGGCCUCCCUGGCCAGAGUUAUCUUGCUAGACCUCUGGGGGAGGCAGAAGCUUAGGCCUGUGAAGCAGAGCUCCCCACCCCCCUCCCCAGGUGGGAGGGGGCCCUAGGCUGUGGAGUUGUAAAUGACAGCCAUCAGGUUGUUUGUGUCCAUUAGUCUGGGGAUGGGGAGGAAAGCUCUGUUACGGCCCCUGUGGAGUCAGGGGGCCACCUCCUUUGCUGUGCUGGCCACACUUCCUGGCCUACCUUGCAGGACCCAUUCUCCUUCCUCCCAAUUUCUUGUUCCUUUGCCUCUUGCCCGUUCCCUAAACCUUGCCUGUGGGACUCAGGGUCAAACAGACUAUUCAUUCUCCAGCAUGAAUGUGCCUUUUAAUUAGAGAUCUAGAAAGAAGUUCAGCUGAACCUUCCCACGCUCCCCGACAACCAUUCAUGGUGCCUGAAGCCUCCCAUUACCCCUCAGGUUUUUCGCCGGUGCUCCCAGUCCAGGGAGGCUGAUCCACUGGGGUGACUUCUCCAAACCCAUCUCUGCUGGGAGAGGGUUAGCCUCCCCGGGGUGAGAUGCACAAGGCAGUUGCUACCACUGGGUGCUCCUGCAUUUCAGCCGUCUGAUCCCAGGGCUGACCCUUAAGCUGGUGGCAGCCCAGAGCCCCCGCCCUUAGUGUGGAGGUUGAGCUAGCGCCCAGCCCCAAUCUUACCUGUGCCUUUAUUGCUUUGAGCAUCUUGAGAUGCUAACGUGGUUCUUUUCCAGAAGCCUUUGUGUUGGUUAAAAAUUCUUUUCCACUGCAGGAGCAGCUGGGCUAUGCAAAGAGUAUUCCUUCUGUCAGUUCCCCCCAUUCCCUAAAAGAGAUGUCAGUGGAACCAGGAAUGACCGCACUGAGAGGGAGUGUAGGGAAAUGCAAAGAAUGAAGGCCUCUUUCUGUCCCCAGAUCCUGACUUUUCCGAAGUGCCUUAAGAGAAAACAGACAAAUACCCUGGGUGGUAAUUUCUUUGUUACUUACUUUACUCUUAAAGAAAAUUCUGACGUUCUGUUUUACUGGUGCACUUUCCUUUACGUUCCAUUGGAAUAGUCAAGUAUGUGGUUCAUUCUCAGAACCAAGGGAAAUCCUGCUUUCACCUGUUACCUAUUUGCUGACCUUCUGGUGCUCUCGGAGGGGGGCCCACUUGGGUCUAAGGUUAGGCCCUGAUGCUUGCCUGGUUCUUAAGUUGCAGGUGUCUUGUUUCCUCCCUGAGAAAUUCAGGGCUGAGGGUUCAGGGAGCAUUUCCUUUGCCUGGAAGUUGUCACCGUGAUGUUGUUGUGUGCUGUGUCUUUCUCUGUUUCUGUCCAUCCCAUUGCUGGUGACCCUGUAAAAGUGGCCUUUGGGAAAGAUUAAAAGGAAAUGCUGGUGCUGGCUCUCAGUCCAGGCAGGUCUCUGCCCACCUCAGGGCUGGGUGUGGGGGUGCCCCCACUCAGCCAGGAGGGGGCAGCUUUCCUGUCCUAGGGACCUGUUGUGUAUUUUGAUCUCCUGUGUAUGCAAAUGUAUGAAUUUACCAUUGUAAGUGGGGUGAGGGGAAGGUGUCUGACCUUGGUGUUCAAAACAACUGUAUUUUUGUCUUUAAAAUCCAAUAAUAUAACGUGAAUAAAUGACCUUAUCUUUGUAA